AUGGCUUUAGCGGUCAAGAGAUUGAAUGUCUUACAGAAAACUGUAGUGGGAUCCAGGUUCAUUCUGUCAUCCGUUCAAAGUAAUCGUGAAUCCCAUGCCACAAACACUGUUAUUAACUUCGUACCUCAGCAGGAGGCAUGGGUAGUAGAACGCAUGGGAAAGUUUUACAAAAUUUUAGAGCCGGGCAUAAACUUCUUAAUACCUGUCAUCGAUAAGAUCAAGUUUGUUCAAAGCUUGAAAGAAAUAGCAAUAGAGAUUCCUCAACAAGGCGCGAUCACACUUGACAACGUUCAAGUUCAGCUUGAUGGCGUUUUGUAUUUGAGAGUUUUCGAUCCUUAUAAGGCUUCUUAUGGUGUAGAUGAUCCGGAGUUUGCUGUGACUCAACUCGCUCAAACAACCAUGCGCUCAGAGGUUGGAAAGAUUAGUCUCGAUACUGUUUUCAAAGAGAGAGAGCAGUUGAACUUUGCUAUUGUAUCAGCAAUCAACAAAGCUGCUGAGCCAUGGGGAAUAACUUGCAUGAGAUAUGAAAUUCGUGACAUGCAUAUGCCUGUAAAAAUUCAAGAGGCUAUGCAAAUGCAAGUAGAAGCUGAACGGAAAAAAAGAGCUGCUAUUUUGGAAUCCGAAGGGCAUAGAGUAGCAGCGAUUAAUAGAGCUGAAGGAGAAAAACAAUCAGUAAUCCUAGCAUCUGAAGCUACAGAAGCUGAACAGAUCAAUGUGGCUCGUGGUGAGGCAGAAGCAUUACGAAUCAAUGCUGAAGCUCGGGCUGUAGCUAUCGAGAAAAUAGCGGCUUCUCUACAGAAGGAGCAAGGUAACAGUGCAGCAACACUGGCAGUAGCUGAACAAUACGUGAACGCUUUCGGAAAAUUAGCAAAAACAUCUAACACAGUUGUAUUACCUGCCAACUUGAGCGAUCCUAGUGCUAUGGUGGCGCAAGCAUUCUCUGUGUAUGAAAGCAUAAAGAAAGCAAAAUCUUAG